GGUGUGUUUGUUACAGAGUCACGACCGGAAGCGGGGGUGGCGGAGGAGGCAGUGGAGCUUGCACUGCCUGUGGGGGCGGUGCAGGUGGUGGUGUCGCAGCCUGACCACAAGUUCGGCCUGAAUGAGCGCGCCCUCACCACCAUCCUGCUGCACCCCGACGUCAAGGACCGCAGCGUCGUCAUCGUCAGUGUCGCCGGCGCUUUCCGCAAGGGAAAGUCAUUCAUACUCGACUUCUUCCUCAGAUACAUGAAGACCACCUAUUCAACGAACGCCUCUCUAAGUGUAAGUGCAGACUGGAUGGGCUCCGAUGAAGAGCCGCUAACUGGCUUCUCAUGGCGAGGCGGCUCCGAGCGCGACACAACGGGCAUUCUCAUGUGGUCCGAAGUCUUCCUAACAACGUUAAAGGAUGGAGAAAAGGUAGCUGUGAUACUUCUAGAUACGCAAGGAACAUUUGACAGUGAGAGUACUGUAAGAGACUGUGCCACAGUGUUCGCUCUUAGCACCAUGAUUAGCUCAAUUCAAAUUUAUAACCUAUCUCAAAACAUCCAAGAAGAUGAUCUGCAACACCUACAGAUCUCAGAUAAACAGCAUCCAGAGCUUCAGUCAAUUCGAAAGCAUAUCAAGUCAUGUUUCUCGGAUAUCAGCUGCUUUUUAAUGCCUCAUCCUGGACUAAAAGUUGCCACAAAUCCUAAAUUCGAUGGAAGACUAGCGGAAAUUGAAGGCGAAUUCAAGUCGGCAUUACAGCAGCUGAUUCCAAUGCUGCUGGCUCCUGAAAACCUCAUUCUCAAAGAAAUCAGUGGACAGAAAGUGAAAGCGAAAGAGCUGCUGCAAUAUUUCAAAUCCUAUAUCAACAUGUACAGCGGUGACGAAUUACCUGAACCGAAGUCGAUGCUUGUUGCGACAGCCGAAGCGAACAACCUGUCGGCAGUGGCGGCGGCGAAGGAGACCUACCACCAACUGAUGGAGGGGAUCUGCGGCGGCGCGAAGCCCUACCUGAACACGGCGCACCUGGAGACAGAGCAUCUGCGCAUCAAGGACAAGGCCAUCAGCCAGUUCGCCAGCAAGCGCAAGAUGGGCGGCGACGAGUUCUCACAAAACUACCGCAUUAAACUUGAAGCUGACAUAGAAGAGCUGUUCACAGAGUUCAAAUGCCACAACGAGAGCAAGAACAUAUUCAAAGCGGCGCGGACUCCAGCCGUGUUCUUCGCCAUUGCUGUCAUCACGUACAUCCUGUCGGGUGUGUUCGGGCUCAUUGCCAUGUACACGCUGGCCAACGCUUGCAACCUCGUCAUGGGGAUGGCGCUGCUCACACUUAUCAUGUGGUCUUAUGUCAGAUAUAGCGGCGAAAUGCGUGAUGUUGGAGUUUCUAUUGAUGAGGUGGCAAAUUUGAUCUGGGAAAAUUUUAUGAAACCGGGAUACCAGGUGUUUGUGGAGAAGAGUCUAGAGCACGCGACCAGAGAAGCAGUGAACGCCACCCUAGGAGGCAACACCACACUCUCCAAUGGCAAAGCCAAGCACUCAUGAUAGCCAACAAUGUUUUGUACAGUUUCAUGUUGUCACUUCCUAAAAAGUAUGUUAACGAUUUGUUGAAUUUGUUGUUAAGGCUCUCUAUCAUAAUUUUUAAGGGAUUUGUACAAAAGUUUAUUCAAUUUUUGAAUUUUGUGAGUGAGAGUUGACAACAUAAUGUUGUUUCAGUGCCUGAAUUUAUGUAGUCCCACUCCGUAUUGAUCUUCCAAUAAAGUUAACCAUUAUAUCAAUGUGUAUUUUAUGUAAGUAAAUUUUAUCAAUCGAAAUUUAUAGAUGAAUGAAAAGAUAUUCAUUACCAACUGAAUCUUCAAUUCCUAUUUGAACAGAUCAAGGUUAGUCAUCAUUGUUCACAUAGAUUUUUCUUAUCGUCUAGAAACUGAAAUUUGUUUCAAUAAUGUUUUAUCUUUGUCUCAAUCUUUGUUAAAAUUAUUGUGUUAAUUUUGAAAGCUAUUUCUGUUUUUUUCCAAAUACAAAUGAAUACUGGUUUCAAAAUAGUUAUGUAUAAUUAUCAAGUUUUGUGUUGUAAAAUUCAUUAGUCAUCUAUUUGCAUGUUUAUCGUAAUGGAAAAUCACCAUCCAUUGAAUUGUUAAUUUAUGUUUUGUUGUUCAAUUUUAAUCUGAUACUUAUAUUUGUUAUCUCAUCUGAUUUCACUAUUCGUAUUUUUCGUAUUACUUCUCUCAAGAUUUGUUUUUCAUGUAUUUUGAUUGAGCAUUGUUCAGUAUUCUACUUUGCUUGGCAAUUUCUCACUUUAAAAAACUUUUUUAAUUAUUUAUAGAGCCAGCCACAGGAUAUAUUUUAUGGUUUGUUAUUUUCAUGGUAUUUUACGUUUUUAAGUAUGAAGUUCAGAAUAAGAACUUCAUUUGUUCAUUGAAAGUGUACAGCAAUAUGAUAAAUAAUUACAAUAUUUGUAAAUUACGAGUGCCAUG